AUGGGUCUCCAGCAUUCCGACUUUAUCGAAGUGCAGGUGCCGCGGCCAGGAUACGAUCCCGCGACGUUCGAGAAGGGAAUCAGGAGCUGUGGUGGAGAGAGGUUCUUUGUAAGCAUCACAGUUUGGGCCCUCGUGUCUUGCGCUGUAUUCGCUGAAGACACGAAAAAGAAUGAGAAGAAGGACGUUGAGGCACGUGGAGGAAUCCUGGGUGCUGGAGUCGGAUUUGGUGGAAUUGGAGUAGGCCCUGGUCUUGUCGGUGCUGGAGUAGGCCCUGGCCUUGUCGGUGCUGGACUUGGAGGAGUCGGUCUGGGUGGAUCUGGUUUUGCCGGAACUGGCCUACCUGGUCUAGGUGGUUCUGGGUAUGGCGGAGCAGGCAUCGCCGGUCCUGCCCUCGUUGGUCCUGGAGUCGCGGGCGCCGGAAUCGUUCGCAACCCAACACUUGUUGGAGACACUUUGGGACAUGACUUUGGCCACGGCAUUGCCCACGGCCUUGGUCAUGGCGCUGGCGCUGGCUACCAAUCUGGCUACGGAUCUUCUGUUGGAAGUCACCAGUCUGGAUACCAAGGUGGUGCCUCUGGACAUAACCAGGGUUCCGGAGCUUUCACCGGGGGAGCAUCUCACAGCAAGGUUAACGCCUUCAACCACAAGCAGGGCUUCAGCCACAGCUCUGGCUUCUCGUCCAGUGACAGCAAAACAUUCGGCACUGGUUUCAACCAAGGUUCUUCGGGUUUCGAGAAGAGCGUCGCAGGACAUCAAGCCGGCUUCGGACACUCCUCUCAUGGGCAUGCGGCUGGUGUUGGAGUUGGUGGAGUUCAUCACCAUGGCUAA